GCUCGGUGGGUUGCGUUAAAAAAAGUCCGACCGCCGAAAGGCGCCUCCCGCAGCCGGGCGGACCCGGCGCGUCCCGCCAGCCAUGGGCGCUGUUAGUCAGAGAGAGCGGCCGCGGUGCCGGAGUUGGCGGGAGCUGUGAACGGGGCGCUUUGGGUAAGGAGAACGGAAGGCUGCCGGUUCCUGUAACGUGCAGGUAAGAUUCCUUACAUUUGAAGAUGCCUCUCUUUGGGAAUAUUGUUGUAAUUAAGCGGAAUGGGACUGAUGGGAUUAGUUUUCCACUCACUGCAAGUUCUUGUUUAUUUGGAAGGAGAACAGAAUGUGAUAUUCGCAUCCAGUUGCCCCAGGUCUCAAAAGAACAUUGUAAAAUUGAAGUAAAUGAAAACAAGGAGGCUGUAUUGACUAAUUUAAGUACAGUAAAUCCUACGCAGCUGAAUGGUGGUUGUUUUCAGCAACCUGUUCCUUUGAAGCAUGGAGAUGUGUUAACUAUUAUUGAUCGUUCUUUCAGAUUUGAAUAUCCUCUCCAGUCAACUCCAAGAAAGAAGCGUUCUAGAUCUCCAAAAGAUGAAACACUGCAGGUUCUUCAUGUUCAGCAGGUGGCAGAAGUGAAAUUACCACACCAACAAACUUCAGGAUCUAAAAGUCUUCAUGCUUCAGAUAAUGCUGAUUGCGAAAUAAAAAAUGCCAAUGGAAAUAAACAAAGUACAGAGGAAAAAAUUUCGGAAGCUUUACCUGUCAAACUACAAACACCCAAAUUUUCACACAGAAUGCAUCAGUCUAGUAAAAGGCAAAGUCAAAUGUCUCCCUUUACCAAACUCUAUGAAAACCUGAAACAUGAGAUUAACAUGAAAAAAUCUCUGCAAGAGGGAAAUGUAUGUCAACAAGCUACAAAAGAUGGUAAGAGAAUUUCAUCAUCAAGUUGUGCUGAUGGUCUGAGAAGCCUGAAUAAAAAAGAACUAGGCAGAAGUGAAAUUACUGAAGAAAGUAAAAUAAAGCAAGAAGUAAUUGGUUCAGAAUUUAACCAGAUCUCAGCUCUAGGAAGUGCUACCAAGAAGAGUUUUGCCAGAAGUCCUCGAACUUCUGUUUCAAAGGAGAUAUCAAGAGAUACUGGUAAAAGCAGUCACUUGCAGGAUCCCGAGGAACUAAGUACAGAAGGCAAAUCUAAAGGUAUUGAAGUUACAACUGAAUCCAGUAUGGAGAAUUAUGGAAAUUCAGCAUUGCAGCCAUGCUCUAUAGAAUGCCUGGAUUAUGGAGAUAGAAUGAAAAGAUACAGCUUUGCAAUAGAGGCAAAAAAAACAGCACAAACAACUCACACAACAAACAUUUCUGAAGUAGAUAAAUACGUUCUGUCUACACCAACAUCCAGAAGGAAGAGUCCUCGGUCUCAUUUCAUAACACCUACCAAAAAAAAUAGCAGAGUGAAUCCUGUAAAUAUUGGUACUCCAACAGCUCAACGACGUGUGUCUUUGAAACAAAAGUUUUCUACAGAAAUUUCAGCUGAAACUCAAAGGGAAGAUUCAAUAUGCAGAAUUGAUAGCCUCAAAGAACUGCCUUUGGCAGAAAAUAAAUGCUUAAAACAAAGACGAAAUAGUAAACAACUUACACCAGGAAAACUUGUAAACGAAGAAGUGCUGAAAGAAAUUUGUGAUCAGGCAAACUUUGUUAACUCAAAAGAGGAACAUUCUGAAACUCCUCCCUUUCUUUCCAGUUCCAAGAGUCCCAGAAGAAAUAACAGGCGAAGUAAAGAAUUAUUGAACAAAAGUGUCCAUUCAGAGACACUGGCUUCAGAAGAGUUAACAUCAGAACUGGCAUCUCCUGCUAGUCAGAAAUCUGGCUCCAGAAGACAAAGGGGUAGGCCAAGGACCUCUGGUCUGCUAACUGAGAAAGCACCGGAGACAAAUGCUGUCCAACAACAUCCCGAUACAGACAGACAAGACAAUGGAGCUAAAGAAGAGCUGGCCACGAAGGAACAUCAGAAACAAGAUUUGGAAGAUGCCAGUCUUCAAAGGCCUUGUAGACUGUCAUCCAAGAGAAGGUCUUCUGGAAGUGCUACUGUACUGAAUGACAGUGAGACUGUCUCAGAAAUGAGUGUUUCUGGCCUGUUGGCUGGAGAAGAAUCAGGCAAGACAAAAAGGGUAUCUCAGAAGAGGAAAGGUGGUGAUUUGUUACUUCAGCCUUUAGGAAAAAGAAAGAGAGUGUCUUUUGGUGGUCAUCUAAGUCCAGAACUUUUUGAUAAAAGUUUGCCUCCCAACUCGCCCGUUAAAAGAGGUGCAAUUCCUGCCAGACUGAGCUUACCGUCUGGAAACUCGCCACGAGCCGUUCUGAAAAAGGCUCGGGGAUUGGAGCACUUUGCAGUCCAGGAACUUUCAGAACCUCCGCAGAAAGAAAAAAUUUCACCGAAACGUUUGUUGGUCCAGAAGUCUCCAGCUGCCUCACCCCCUGCCUCUGGGACAGCAAGACCUAAACUUACUUCAGGCUCUCCAGCGCCUUACACAAAGGGACGUUUCUCUGUCUCUCACAUCACAACACCAUCACCAAUUGCAGAAGGGAAGGAUGCUGCUGCAGAAGACAUGAAUACGAAGGAGAAAAAUGCCAGAGUGAAAACACCUACAUCUUCUCACGUUAACCAAGAUGGUAAAACCCUUUUAACAGCUAUACCUGACAAAUUAACAAGUGCACAACCUGCUUUGAAGGUCACACCCAUGAAGAGAAGUGGGGCUGUAGCACUUAUCAAUGCGAAAAGAAGAAGCGGUGCCUCCAGUGCCAAUUUACUAGUUGCAAAAUCUUGGGCAGAAGUGGUAAAAUUAGGUGUUGUAAGACCACAGUCAAAGACUGUUAAAAAAAGUGUCCGAAAAGGAAACUCUGUGAAGAAGACAACCCGAUCACCAAAGACUCCAGAAAGAAAAAUAAAAGGUCAUUUUAGUACAGGUCAUGCAGAGUCACCUGCUACAAUAGUUGUAGGUAAAGCUUAUUCUACCACGGUCAGAACAGCUGGACAGGUCCCUAAAGUGGUAAAAAAUCCCAUCGUGAACUUAAACAGGAAUAUGGACGAAAGCUUCACGGGAAUGACUGAAAUGUUUCAAACUCCAGAAAAUAAGAGCGGAAAAACAUUACCUUUGACCUCUGUUCAGAUGACUGAUUUUACACCGCCGUGUACUGCAGUGGAAAUUUCUGAAUUGCACACUCCUGAGGAGUCCGGAGAGAUGAUGGUGUCACCAUUAAAUAGUUCAGAUGCUUCAGAACAGAAACAAGAUAGUCCAGGCAUUUGUCACCUUCUGAGAGAGGAGUCUCUAAAGUCUAUGUUUGAUACAGUAUCCACAAAAACUCCUGAGAAAAGAAAAGCUAUGCUGGAAGAAAAUAUUAGUGUGGAUAGUUUGUCAAUAAUUCCAGGAAAACAAGCAUCUCGACUGAAAUCAGGAAGUAAAAGGAGGACUCCAAAGCAGAAGCAGGAGCCAGUUGAGGUCCUGUCGGGCAUCAAGCAGCUCAUGAGGACCCCAAAGCAGAAGCCGGAGCCAGUUGAGGUCCUGUCAGGCAUCAAGCAGCUCAUAAAGACUCCAAAGCAGAAGCCGGAGCCAGUUGAGGUUCUGUCAGGCAUUAAGCAGCUCAUGAAGACUCCAAAGCAGAAGCCAGAGCCAGUUGAGGUCUUAUCUGGCAUUAAACAGCUCAUGAAGACUCCAAAGCAGAAGCUGGAGCCAGAUGAGGUCCUGUCAGACAUCAAGCAGCUCAUGAAGACCCCAAAGCAGAAGCCAGAGCCAGUUGAGGUUCUGUCAGUCAUCAAGCAGCUCAUGAAGACUCCAAAGCAGAAGCCAGAGCCAGUUGAGGUCCUGUCAGGCAUCAAGCAGCUCAUGAAGACCCCAAAGCAGAAGCCAGAGCCAGUUGAGGUCCUGUCAGGCAUCAAGCAGCUCAUGAAGACCCCAAAGCAGAAGCCAGAGCCAGUUGAGGUCCUGUCAGGAAUCAAGCAGCUCAUGAAGACUCCAAAGCACAAGCCAGAGCCAGUUGAGGUCCUGUCAGGCAUCAAGCAGCUCAUGAGGACCCCAAAACAGAAGCCAGAGCCAGUUGAGGUCCUGUCAGGCAUCAAGCAGCUCAUGAGGACCCCAAAACAGAAGCCAGAGCCAGUUGAGGUCCUGUCAGGUAUCAAGCAGCUCAUGAGGACCCCAAAACAGAAGCCAGAGCCAGUUGAGGUCCUGUCAGGCAUCAAGCAGCUCAUGAGGACCCCAAAGCAGAAGCCAGAGCCAGUUGAGGUCCUGUCAGGCAUCAAGCAGCUCAUGAGGACCCCAAAGCAGAAGCCAGAGCCAGUUGAGGUCCUGUCGGGCAUCAAGCAGCUCAUGAGGACCCCAAAGCAGAAGCCAGAACCAGUUGAGGUCCUGUCGGGCAUCAAGCAGCUCAUGAAGACCCCACAGCAAGAGUUGGAACCUGUUACAGAUGAAAUUGGCUUUAAAAGAUUGCUGAAGACACCAGUGCAAGAAGGGGAAGCAGUAAAAGAUGUGUCAAGUGUUACAUUAAUCAAGAAAACUCCAAAGCUGAAGUAUCAACCGGUAGAAGACAUGAUUGGGGUCAGCCGUAUUUUCAAGACACCAAAGAAAAAAGUUGAACCCAUAGAAGAUAUGUUUGGUAUUAGUAGAUUAUUGAAGACUCCAAGAGAGAAGUAUCAACCGGUUGAUGAUUUUGUGGGUCUGCAAAGUCUUAUGGCAGAACCCAAGAAUAGAUGUUCUGAUUUUGAAGUGGACUGCGUUGAAGUUACAGAAAAGUUUGAUAUACCGGAGGAAAUUAAGGUCAGAUCAGUGAAUGUUUCGGAUUCUAAGCAACAAGAUACUGCACCUCCUUGUACUAAUUCCAGUCAGAAAUAUGAAGAUAAAGGAAAUAUUUCACAAGGUGAAGAUUCUCAACAGAAGGAAUCGAUUAGUGAAGACCAGUCUACCCAGAGAGCAACAAGGGGCAGAUCAAGGAACACAGUACAUACUUCUUCAGCAAAGCAGUGUGGAAAGGAUUUGAAUGUAAAAGAAUUGCAACGUGUGGAAAAAAAGAGCACCGAAGAGGAGAUGGAAGAGAUCAGUACUUCAGCUUCAGUAGCUAAAAAUAAAGGAAGAGGAAGGAGAGUAAACCGUUGCAUGCAAGAGGAAAUUGUUUCAAAGCAUCCUGGUCAGGAAACAGUUGAAGUUGUUUCAUUUGUGGAACCACACGGAGCUACUCAAAGACCAGGAAGAGGUAAAGGGAAAGAACAGAAGGAGUUAAAACAUCCAAGUGAGAAUCUUGAGUCUUGUGGCAGAGAUUCUUUGGUGCUACGAGAAGAACAUGCAGAUACGAAACAGACUUUGCAAGAGUAUGGCAUCAAUGACGUAUUAGAAACUGAAGGUGAUCCAGCCAUAAAGGCAGUAAGUGUAUGUAGUAGCAUUCAAAAUGAAAAUUGUCAACUGCAAACAGGUUUAAAAAAACCUGAAAACAAGCCUGAUCAAGGUGGUGUAGAUGACAGUGAAGAAAUGCUUCUGUCACCUAGAAGGAGGUCCAGAGGAGUAGAAAACACAGAACCAGUGAUUCCACCAAAAAGAGCAAGAAGAGCUAGGAAUGACCAAGUUAAACAAGCUUCUUCAGAGGUUCUUCAUGGGACAACAAGGAAACUUCGUAAAGACCCAUCAGCAAAAAUGAUAGAAAGAGAUGAACAAGACAAAGAUUCUGAGACUACCACAGCAGAAGAAUCUGAAAAUGGAACUAAACUUGAAACAAAGGUAAUGGAGAAAAGAAUUAAGUCUUUAAGAAGUGCUAGAAAGCACUCAGCUGAAGUAAAAGCAGACAUUUGUGGGAUGGCGCUUGAAAAUAUACGAAAUGCUCAGAGAACAGAGGAAACUUCAACUGAAACUGAUACUGAAACACAGUCACACAUCAAAAGUGAGAUUAAAGUAUCUCAGGGAGAUGAAACAGAAAAUGCUCAGGCAAAUACAACAGAGGCAUCUCAAAGAUUAAAGGCAGAGUCACCUUCUGGAGAGACAAGCAAAAUGCCAGCUCCUGCUCUGAACUUGGAAUCAAACAGAAGUGCAGUACAGGAAACAAACAGAACCAGAAAAAGGAGAGUCAGAGAAGACUCUUUGGAGAAAAAGACGGAUGAAUUUGCCAGAAAUGUAAACAACCUAGAACUAAUUACUGCCAAAUUUAAGUCAGAAACAGAAAUGCGUGAGUCUUCUCUCAAAGAUUCCUUGAGCUCUGUUUGUGUCAAGAUUACAUGCCAAGUCAUGAAGGACCAGAACAGCCCAGCUGCCACACCGAUACCUGCUGCAAACAGUGACAGUCUCGCUCAUAGCCGUCAAAAGCGGACAAGAAAUGAACAGGGGAUACUGAAACCCAACCAAACUGAAAUCCCACAAGAGAAUCAAGCACAAGAAAAUGGAACAGCAUGUAGAAGAGGUAGAGGUAGAAAAGCUAAUUUUGAACUUGAAGUCAGCUCCAAAGCAGUUGGAGGAAAAAGCAGUUUACCUGGGAAUGACGAGGGUGUGAUUUACAAAGAUGGUCGAUGUGAGACUUCAAAAAAUCCUUUACAAGUAAGGAGGAGCAGAAGAAAGCAAGUUGAUUCCGUUCCACAAAUAGCUUGUUCUACCUUUAUGGAAAACCAAACAUUAAUUGCAGAUCAUAGUAAAGAUGAAGCUUCUGUAAAAGAGCAAGAUUCAGCUUUGGAAGCUACUCCCUCUUCAACAGAAGACAAUCCACGGAGACGAGGGAGAAGACGAGAGGUUGCUGCAGCGUCACAAACUUCUAGAUCUGUUUCUAUCAGAAAAAGACGCGGGUUGACAGAAGGUGAUGAUAAAAAGAUGACUGUGAGAGAAGAUCAAAAUCCAGCUUUGGGAAAUAAAACUUUGCAGGCAAAAGCAAAUGCAUCAGCAAGGGACAAAAGGAAAAAGAUUGAUCUAGCAGUAGAGGCAAAAAGUUCAUCUUCUCUCCAGAGAAAAUGUGACUUGUCAGAAACUGAUGAUAAAGAGAAGGGUACUAAUGAAAAACAAAACAUGCCUUUGGAAACAGUGUCCUGUGCAAAAGAGAAGCCAUUAGGAAGGGGCAGAAGGAAAGAAACUGCUCUGACAUCACACACAACUAAUUACGUUUCUCUUCGAGGAAAACGCGGUUUGCCAGCAGAUAACAGUAGAGAAGAAGCUCCUAAAGAUCUAAAAGUUCCAUUAGAAACUUAUGAUUCAUCUGUAAAAAAAGAUCAACUGAGAAAAGGCAGAAAGAAGGAAAUUGCCCUCUUGUUAGAAGCCACAAGUUCUGUUUCUAUUCAGGAAAAACAGGACAUAACCAAAGAAAGUGGUAGAAAGAAUAAUUAUAGGGAAGCAAAAAAGCUGAUUUUGGAAAAAUCUACUUCCCAAGAAAAAAUGGGUCUUUCAAAAGGGAACUUGAGGCAAACAAUCACUUCGCUUGCUGUUAGUUCCACAUUAGUUCAAGGUUUGCCAGAAGAUGGUAAGACUGAAACUCCUGAAGAAAAACAGAGUGUGCUUCUGGAAGUGGCUCCGUCUGCAAGAGAAAAUCCACCAAGAGUGGGCAGAAAAAACCCAAUUUCUUCCAAAUCUGAAGAAACUAGUUCCACUUUUCUCAGGGAAAAGCUUGCCUUGCCCAUAGAUAGAGGUCAAAAGAGGAUUCUUAAAGAAAGUAAAGAUACAUCUCUAGAAAAUAAGUCAUCCCAGGAAGAAACAAGACAAUUGAGGAGCAAAAGGAGAAAGGUAGAAUUCACAUCAGAGGCAGCUAAUUCUACUUCUAGCCGUAAAAACGGCAACUUGCCAGAAAAUGGUAACACUUUGGAAACGCAAAAUGUGUGUUUGACAUCCACUGGUUCUGAAAAAAAUAAUCAGUCUGGAAAAGAAAAAGAGGUUAACCCUCUACAACAGGCAACCUCCACUUCUCGCAGAAGAAAAUGUCAGUUGCCAGCAGAUGACGUAGCAUCCAAAAAAUUGAAAUCAGAGAAGGAUGAAAAUAAAUCACUACAAAAAGGAAAAAGAAACAAAGCUAAAGAAGAACUUGGCAAAGAGGCUGUAAGGGCUACUCUGACGGCUGGAGGGAUGGACAGGAAGACAAGAUCAAGCACAAGAACAAGUGCAAGAACAAGAAAAUAGUCUUAACGGUCACAGAACCAGUUUUUAAAUCAAUUCAGUAAUGGAAAUUACAGCUUUUUAAUGUAAAUUUAUUUGCACUCGGAUUUUAAGCUCAGAUUUUUUAAAGCAAUCAAUGAAUGAUGAUAUUAUCAAAAUAUAUUUCUUAAUGUGUUUACAGGUACAGCGUAGAUCUCUGUUUUAAUAGAUUUGUCUGUGUGUAGUGGUUCCUAAACCAUGGGGUGCUUGUGCAAAAUUGCAAACAUAGAAAUAAAUCUUUUUGUAACA